AUUUGUUAUUCCAUUUUUCUAACUCGUUGGAUACACUUUAAAGUUGAAAAUUAUUUUUUUCGAAUUAAAAAUGAAAUUUUACAUUUUUUUCAUCGUAAUUUUGAUGUUGGCUGAACAUUUUCCAUCAAAUCAUGCAGCCAAGAAAGAGAUCGAUAAUAGUGAACAGAUUAGUGAAAUGGAAAAACUUUUGGAACGUGCAAUGGAAACAUCAACCCCCAAACCAACAACACCCAAACCAACAACACCCAAACCAACAACACCCAAACCAACAACACCCAAACCUACAACACCCAAACCUACAACACCCAAACCUACAACACCCAAACCAACAACACCCAAACCAACAACAGCAUCAACAGAAUCACCGAAAACAACAACACCGAAAGAGAUUGAUAAACAAGAACUAAUUAGUGAAGCAAAAGAUAUUUUUGAACAUGGUCAAAAAAUUUUGGCUCAACAUCGUUAUAAUUCCAAUAAAGAAACAUUAUUAUUAUAUUGCGCUGAAUUAGCUGAAAUUGAGAUUCUACAAGAAAGAAUUGAAUCGACAUCGAAACAGGAACGUUUGAAAAGCUAUAAACUACAAUUGGAGGAACAUCAUAAAACAAUGGACGAUUUAGAAAAAAAAUUCUGAUUAUUUCACCUCAACGACAACAAUAAUUUAGAUUCAAUGUAAUGAAAAGAAUGUAAUGACAAAAAAUAAAACA